AUGGAGCACCGGCCGGGCUAUGCAGCUUCUUGUGAGGCGAUUCGUCUCAUGGGCGGACUGUGGCCAGACCAAAGCUAUCUGUCCGAGCAGGCAACCUUGGCGGUCGGCUUGAGGGUCACACUUGCCAACAGAGUCUGCGGCACAGAAGGUCCUGGAACCGACCCCUUUCGCGACGGAUUUAGUAGUUUUGUGACUUUAAUUGUCUUGACGGAGGUGCCUCAUGUCGUCGUCAUGGCAGCUGUACGUGGGACAGCAGAGUCAACUGAUCGGAACGCAGAAUUGGCUCAAGUUUUGGCCUGA